UCAAAUGUCACCACCCAGUAAUCAAAUGAUCAAUGAUCAACUUUACCCUUAUAUUCAUAAUUAAAAACUUUACUGUUAAAGAGGAAACUGGAAUAACAAUAUGACACAAGCACUUCCAAACCCUAAUACUUUGCUACCUUUAGAACUAGUAGACAAAUGUAUUGGAUCACGAAUUCAUAUAAUAAUGAAAAACGACAAAGAAAUGGUGGGAACGCUACAGGGCUUCGACGAUUUUGUAAAUAUGUUAUUAGACGAUGUAACGGAAUAUGAAUCUACACCGGAAGGAAGAAAAAUUACUAAAUUAGAUCAAAUUCUCCUUAAUGGAAACAAUAUAGCCAUGUUGGUACCAGGAGGUGAAAUGCCUGGCGAAUCUUAUGAGGGACAAUAACUAUUAAGAAAUAUAGUAAUAAUAAACGUUUUCUUUUAA